GGAUAUAAGAAAUACUAGCAGGUCUACCUCCCGUCUACGACAACCUGUAGUUUUGUGUAGUGCCAUGGACGGCCGUUUAGACACUGAUCUGUAUCCUCUGGGAUCCAGUUACGUCACUGAAAUAGACAGUGUCCAUGAUAUAACAGUCGGCACAAAGAGGGGAUCUGACGAACUCUUUUCCUCUUGCAUAUCUAACGGCCCUUAUAUAAUGAGCUCUGGAGCAGCAAAUGGUAAUGACAGCAAGAAGUUCAAAGGGGACAUCAGAAGCCCAGGCAUUCCUUCACGAGUCAUUCAUGUACGCAAACUGCCAAAUGACAUAAAUGAAGCCGAAGUCAUUUCUUUGGGACUUCCCUUUGGCAAAGUGACCAACCUUCUGAUGCUGAAAGGAAAGAACCAGGCCUUCCUGGAGAUGAACACUGAGGAGUCAGCACAGACCAUGGUCAGCUACUACUCCUCUGUCACACCUGUCAUCCGCAACCACCCGAUCUACAUGCAGUAUUCCAAUCACAAGGAGCUAAAGACUGACAACUCACCCAACCAAGUUAGAGCACAGGCAGCACUGCAGGCGGUGAAUGCGGUCCAGACGGGAAGCAUGUCUUUGAGCACGGUUGAUGGAGCAGGCAUGGGGAGUCAGAGCCCAGUGCUGAGAGUCAUUGUUGAAAACCUCUUCUAUCCAGUUACUCUUGAUGUCCUUCACCAGAUCUUCUCAAAGUUUGGCACAGUUUUGAAGAUUAUAACCUUUACCAAAAACAACCAGUUCCAAGCACUGGUCCAAUACUCAGACGGAAUGACUGCUCAGCAUGCAAAACUGUCUUUAGAUGGACAGAACAUCUACAAUGCCUGCUGUACCCUUCGCAUCAGUUUCUCUAAGCUCACCAGCUUGAAUGUUAAGUACAACAACGAUAAGAGCAGGGACUACACUCGCCCUGACUUGCCUACAGGAGACAGUCAACCCUCCCUCAAUGCACAGACGAUGGCUGCAGCUGCCUUGACUGCUCCUGGUAUCAUCUCUGCAUCACCAUAUGCUGGGGCUCAUGGUUUUCCACCAACGUUUGCCAUUCAGCAGGCAGCAGGUCUGUCUCUGCAGGGUAUGCCUGCUGGGGCUUUCGCGUCGCUCGGUGUUCCUGGUGCUGCGGCAGCCGCCGCUGCAGCGGCUGCUGCAGGACGCCUGAGUCUUUCAGGUUAUACCGCUGGAGGAAACAGUGUCAUGCUGGUCAGCAACCUUAACCCUGAGAGCGUUACGCCCCAAUGCCUCUUUAUUCUUUUCGGUGUGUAUGGUGAUGUCAUGAGAGUGAAGAUCCUAUUCAACAAGAAAGAGAAUGCUUUGGUGCAGAUGUCUGAUGGAACCCAAGCCCAGCUAGCCAUGAGCCACUUGAAUGGGCAGAAGCUGUAUGGGAAGGCUUUGCGGGUCACUCUUUCCAAACACACCACUGUGCAGCUGCCACGUGAAGGCCAUGAGGAUCAGGGGCUCACCAAGGACUACAGCAACUCUCCUCUUCACCGCUUCAAAAAGCCAGGCUCCAAGAACUACUCCAACAUAUUCCCCCCUUCCUCUACUCUCCAUCUUUCCAAUAUACCACCUUCCGUCACUGAGGAUCAUCUCAGAGGCUUGUUUCUAAGUUCAGGAGCUGUGGUUAAGGCUUUUAAGUUUUUCCAGAAAGACCGAAAAAUGGCUCUCAUCCAGUUGGGCUCUGUGGAGGAAGCAAUCGAGUCUCUGAUCAAAUUUCACAAUCAUGACCUGGGAGAGAACCAUCACCUCAGAGUGUCUUUCUCCAAGUCCACCAUCUGAUGGAGGCUGGUUUAUUUUAGAGGAGGUGAAAGGACUGUCACUUAAGACCAAACUUUUAAGCCUUCCACAAUUUAUAUCACUGUGGACAAAUGUUUUCCACAACACACACUUCAUCAUUCCUUUAUUAUAUCUACAUUCACAUAUAUAUGGCAAUUUGUAAUUCCACUUUGAACCAGUAGAACUGAACCCAAUGAGACUUGGGUUUUAGUAGUACCUUUUCUCAGACGGUUUGUCUCAUGAUUUAGUUAAUCAUUGGCACACAUCGGUUUUGGAUCAUAGAUGCUGCAUAGUUUACACUUGUGCCUCUGCGGAAAGCCGCACCCUUUCAGGUUGCACACGCAAAGCCUUGUUUUGUUUAUUGAACCUAUAAUUAACUUUUUCAAAGCUAUUCCCUAUUUGCCUUUCCGAAAAAAAGCAGCUGUGUCUUACAUGGUGCUUGGAGUAUAUAUUCUUAAUGGCCUUAGUAAUGUCUUGAUGUUUUUGGCUUCUUUGCAGAACCAUUAACCUCAAACAUACAAGAG